ACAUCUUCUGCACUCACUCGAGAGUCGUAGUUGACGGCUCAAUGGCAUCCAAAAAGAUCGUGAACGGUGUCAUAUGUCCACACGCCCCUUUCCUUGUCCCUAGAAGCUGCUGGUCUUUGUUAUCCUGCGUAGAUCAACGGAUAUCCGUUUCGCGAUGGCCACCGGCCUUACAACAGCACUUCGCAACGGACAGUGCACCCAAAAAGCAGUCAAAAUAUCUGCUACGGAAAAAGGUCGAAUCAUAUAAGCGAGAUCACAAAGUAAAACAUUAUGGGGUUCCUGAUAGCGCCGAGAAAUUGGAUACCAUCAUGCGAUGCCGAGAAUUCCUACACAACGGCGAGCUGGCUGAAGUCAUGCGACUAUACCCGGUCUUGAUAGCCGAGGCUCUUCUUUCACCAAGAGACACUAAAACCAUCGCACAGUUGGUUCACAGGAAGAUACGAGGCACGAGGAAUCGGAAUUUCGACGGAUCCGGACUUUUGGCAUUCACCAACAUACUCGUCCGCGAUUUGCAGGCGAGGAGGCUACCGCCAGAAAGUCAAGCGAUCGUGCACCUUUUGUCAAUCUACAAAGAGACCAAGGAGUAUGAGUCAGGAGUGCAACUCUGGCAGUGGUUAGUCCAACAGAACGAGGAAUAUGUCAGUCAAGAGAUAUAUGGAUCUGCAAUUGAGCUACUUGCGUACCAAGGGGAGGUCCCUUUGAGUGAGCUUGAGGACUUGUACGCAACGGCACUGAAACGAUUCCCGGACGGUUUCAUUGAAUAUCAUAUCUCACCAGAGGCCGUUCUUCCUGAUCGCUCUCAACCUAAUCGAAUUCGCAUAAAAGCAAUGCUCCUCCAAGGUAUCAUCACUGCCAGACUACUGCACCGAGACUGGAGGAAUGCAUACAUCGGACUGGAUGUAUGUCUACGACUGUUCCCAACUCAGACACCAUGGAGGAUUUUUGAGGUAUUUCUCCAGGAGCGGCCAUAUGCUGAAGCGUUUCCCGUCUUCAUGAUGGCUUGCCGAUCAGGGCUAUGCCCGAAGCCUGAGGCGCUGACAAUCUGGCUGAAUGCGAUGACUCAAAGUAUAAAAGUGAAUUCGAUAUCCCACUGUUUACUAAUCGUAAGGGGCUUUGCUGCCGCUCUCCAAGGAUAUGUGGGUGCUGGAGGACAGCUGGCUCCCCAUCUUCUUGGGGUGGUGGUCAAGGCUUUGGACUCGAUGGUGCCGUUUCGAAGCUUUGAGCAGAAACCCAGCGAAAACGGCAAAUUGGUUCUUGAGUGCGCUGAACAGCUCAUGUCGCUCUUCUACUACACCGGAAUCCAUCCUACACUUCCGACGCUCGGAACUCUCAUCACACUCGCCGGCAAAGCGGGACGAGCUGAUAUUUUCGAAUCAGCCACAAACAUGAUGACGCAAAAUUCAACAGACAGGAAUCCCAUUCAGUACCGGAUAUGUCUUGUUGCUGCGGGCCAGCUCGGAAGUAAGAGUGUGUUGGAGCGUGUAUGGCAAGAUAUUGUAGACGAAGCUCAAGCCAGGGGGUAUCAGUUGACUCAAACGGAAUGGGUCGCGUUUGCAUACGCAGGAAAGGUGACGCGACAUGUCAAAUACGUUGCGGCGCAAAUGGAAGCGUUGAGCCACACAAUGACCGAGGAAAUCCAGGAGUCAAUCCGCACUACACUUGACGGUCCUACUUUAUCGGCAAAAGACAAUCUGCGCGAGUUUGACCAUGAGGCAUUGGAGCUGAAUCUUCAGCAAUUCAUGACAACGUUCAAUCAAGUUGCGCGAAUGCUACAGGCGAAUGAUCUGCAAUAUUUCAAGGACUCCUCAUUGCCAAUGAUCCUCGGACCCCCAAUCAUCACGGCUAGCGACGAGGUGCUCCGCGCAGUGUACGACAAGCUCACUACGGUCCCAGACCAGCCGAUACCGGAGCACAACAGUCAAACGCAGAUCUUCGUGAGCACGACCGGCAUCCCGCUCGCAGAUCUCCGGUUCGCGAACUGGAAGACAAUAAACGAGAUCUUAGCACUAGCGGAGCACUACGAGGCGAGUCGCAGUAGCGUCUUGAAGCAGAACAUGGAGAGCGGCAGCCCAUUUGACAGCGUCAAGUUCAGCCAGAACCUUGCUCACUACUACAGCGACGCCGAGGUGGCACGCCUCACGACCAUUGAGAAGUCAGCCGUGGACAGCGCGGCGCAGCAGGACGCCGAGGAGCAGUCUGUGGAAGACGCCAUCAACAGUGUCUUCGACAAAAGGGGCCGGUUGCUCGAGCCCCUGGGGUCGCAGAAGAGUGACGAGGACGUCGAGGUGGAGACGAAGUGGGCAGAGGUGCUGAAGGAGCAUGUGGAGGAUGAGUCGGCGGUCAUGACGCAGGUGCUGCGUCUCCGUGGGCGCAAGGCAUGAUGAUGUACGUCGUACAUUGUGCGUGGAUCGGUCUUGUACUGUAUUGGAUUGUAUAUAGUGUAUCAUAGUCACGACAAAGUAUAAUAUAGUGUACAU